CAUCAUCAUUAUUAUAUUUUUGACACAAUAAUUCUUAUUACUGUAGUAGCAGUUUCAACCUCCAAUUACUUUUUUUUACCGUUUGAAAUAAAACACUACAAAAACCAAAACCUCUCUUCUCUUCUGUAAGAAUCCAUUUUUGAUUCAGAAAAAAAGAAAACUAAAAAUGUUAGCGGUUUUUGACAAAUCUGUGGCCAAGAGUCCCGAGGGUUUACAGAGUCCUGAAUCAAACUCAGUUUCAUCACUCAAAGAUGGUUUUUUGAGUCAACAUUUCGCAUCUCUUCACCCUUCUUCUGUUAACCUUAACCUUGCUUCCGCUUUCUUAGCCUAUUCUCUUCACAAAAACAACCCAUUACUCCCAAGGCUGUUUGCAGUUGUGGAUGACAUCUUCUGCUUGUUUCAAGGUCACAUCGAUAAUGUUGCGAAUCUUAAACAACAAUAUGGAUUGAACAAAUCAGCAAAUGAGGUGACCAUUGUCAUAGAGGCUUAUAGGACCUUAAGGGAUCGCGGUCCCUAUCCCGCUGAUCAAGUUGUCAGAGAUUUCCAAGGCAAAUUUGCGUUCAUCCUGUUUGACAGCAGUUCGCAAACUGUGUUUGUUGCUUCUGAUGCUGAUGGGAGUGUUCCUUUCUUCUGGGGAAUUGAUGCUGAUGAAAAUCUAGUUCUUUCAGAUGAAAUCGAGAUUGUUCGCAAGAGCUGUGGCAAAUCUUAUGCUCCGUUCCCUAAAGGAUGCUUCUUUACGACAUCGGGAGGAUUGAGGAGUUUCGAGCAUCCACUUAACGAGUUGAAGCCGAUACCAAGGAUUGAUAGUUCUGGUCAGGUGUGUGGUUCAACAUUCAAGGUGGAUGCAGAUUCUAAGAAAGAAGCAACUGGCAUGCCAAGAGUUGGAAGUGCUGCUAACUGGUCAUCUAAUUACUGAUUGUAACUCUAGUUUGUUUGAACUAUUUAAGCAUCAUCUGUUACCUUUUAUUCUCUGGUGAGGCUUGCAAUGAUCAGUAGAUCCUUUCUUUGCACAGAUGAUGUAAUAAUGAUAUCGAGUUUCGGAUUAGUUUUUCAUGGAAUGUUGACUAUUUGAUGUUUUUAUUUGAUCUCA